GGGAUUCUGGGGGAGGCAGCUGUGGCGAGAUUGAGAAGGCUGGAGGCAACAUCUAUAAAAUCUGUUUCAAGGAAAAAGAAGACCAGGAAAGGGUUUUGAAAAGGAAGUUUCACAAUAUCUUACUUCCCUCUGGAGAGCUACAUCUGACCGUGAGCAGAACCAGUUCACCAAACACCCCUGAUGAGCCACUGGACCAGACGUUCACAAAAAUAAACACAAAAGGUCUUGAGAAGAUUUUCAAGAUAGAUGUUUUCCUCCUGUAUUACCUGAGAGACAACCCGAAAGCAUGUAAAGUAUUACAGAAGCAACUCUCAUCUAUCGGCUGCACAGUGAAGUUAGAUUUUGAAGAGGAGGAGGCUGUUGUUAGGGGGGAUGUUGAGAAGGGGCCUGGAGGAGCUUUUGGUGCUGCACAAAAAUGGGAGUUACAGGUGGAUCAGGUCUUCAUCGGUCUGACUGAAAGAUACCUCUGCUAUCAUGUGCUUCAGCCAAAGCAAAUCAAAAUCCUACUGCAGGACCCCUCCUUUGUGACUGACAAUAUCCAAGUCUACACAGAGAUCGGUUAUUCUGUGGUUGUGGGAGAGACGGAAGCUGUGAAGGAGAAAAUUGCACUCCUGGAAAAGAAUACACUAAUCUGGAAGGAACUGCCAAUUGGAGAGAAGCAGUUCAAACUGAUAGAAGAAGAGUUUAGUCGAGAAAUGCAAACACAUUGCCCAGAAGUUAAAAUGCACAGAGGUAAUGCCAUGAUCACCUUAGAGGGCCCUGACAACCAGGUGCAGUCAGGAGCUACAAAACUUGGUGACCUGAUGAAAAAAGUAGUUGAAAAGAGAGUGAAGCUUCCAACAGAUUUGAUGGUCUUCAUAAAAUCCAGUGAUGCCAUCUCCAAGUACCAGGCUCGUUUUCAGCAGAGCCUCAGAAAUCCUGUUUUCCUAGAGGCUGGAUCCGACCUGGUCCUGUCCAGUUUGUCCUCUGGCGCUCUGGACGAGGCUGUGGCAGCAAUAAUGAGAGACCUGAGUGUGGACACUGUGGAACUGCAGGGUGCUGCAGCUAUACCUCCAGAUUUGGACAAAGUGAAGGAAAUCCUCAACAAAGCUAAGAACACGGCAAAUGUUCGAGAGUUCAAAGUGGACAUCAGCUUCAUCCCAGGACUCAGUGGAACCACAGGGACUAAGGUACGACUUGUGGGGUACAGUGAAAAUGUGAACAAGCUGAAAGAGGUUCUGCAGGACUACCAGAUGAACCAGGUCAAGACACAAGAGACACUGAAUCUGUCUCCUGAACUGGUUCACUGCUUUGAUAAAGUAUUAGACCUGAUUAGGAUGAAGCAGACCAAGGUGACAUUAAACGCCUCACGUUUUCCAUGUGCUUGUGUGCUCAUUUCUGGCCCUCGUUGCCUGGUUCAGGAAGUUAAGGCAAACUUAAGCACAGCUCUAGCCAGUCUUAUAUCAGACACACUGAUUUUUGAUGGACCAGGGGCUCAGCGGUACUUCCAGUCAGACGGUAAAGUGAGCAAGGAGCUGGUGGAGAGUUCUUAUCAUGUUCUCAUCACUGAACAGCAAAAAGUGGACUCCCCAGAUGUGAUAACUAGAUUACCAAGUAUGAGCAGUCUCAUCAACGUUACACCCAGACCUCCCAUCACAAAAAACACUACUGGGAGCAUGGUGGUCAACAAACCAAAUCUGGAGAUCAAGCUUGGCAGCUUGGAGUAUGAGCAGGUGAAUGUGUUGGUGGUCCCCAUGCUCAACAAAGAACUGACUUCUACUAAUGUUGGUGCAGAUCUGUUGAGUAAAGCAGAAAAUACAAUGAAGUCAAAGUUUGACUCGGUGGCAGCAGGGUGUUCUCUCACCCCUGCACAAGUCUGUUGA